AAAACUAGGGUGCGAUGCGAAACAAGAGGGCAGUGAAUGAAGGAACAGCGAACAGCUGGCAUUUGGGCAUUAUCAACAUGUCGGCUGCAGAGUCGGUAGUUUCCUCAAUACAACAUUAUCAAAAAAGUAUACAGAAGUAUCAUGGAAAUUCUUCCAGGAUUCUUCAUUGUAUCAACAGAUUGUAUCAGUUACCAGUGACAGUACAACAUCUGCAAGACACUGGAGUAGGGAAAACAAUCAAUUCUCUAAGAAAAAGUGAGGGUGAAGUUGGAGAAGCUGCUCGGGCCCUUGUUUUAAAAUGGAAGCAAAUGGUUGAAGAUGAGCCUGAAAAUGAACCAGAUAGUACCACCAAUUCACAUGCUCAUUCAAGUUACAAUGGGGACUCUGAAAAUGAAAGUAAUGGUGAAAGACUGUAUAAGCGAGGCAAAGAUAAGACAGAAAAGUCAUCAAGAGAUAGAAAAGAGUCUCCCAAGCAUGACCAUGGAAAAAGUCAAAAAAGGAAAAAGGAACCUGAUUACAACAAUCAGAAAGAGAAGAGACACAGAAGUGAGAAUGACUACAGUAGCCAUAAUUCAGUUCCUAACUCAGGAGGAAAUGUUGAAAGUGAAGAUGUUUGUUCAGAUGGGGAAUGGCAUGCUAGUACCUACAAGAAUGGCGAUACUAAUAGUGAUGAUGACAGUUGUUUUGGAAAUGGUCUCACUAAAGGAGAAAGGCAUUUAAGUUUAGACGAAAAUGCACUUUCGGACCAUGAUGCAGACAAUGAUCAUCUAGCUCAAUCAAUAGACAAAGAAUCCUUCCACAGCAAAGAAAGAGAUACUAGACGACAGGAAAAGUCUAAUAAGAAAGAAAAGUCUUCGUCCCAUAAGCACAAAAGUAAGAGCUCCUCCAGCAGUUCAGACAAAAACAAACAUUCAUCAUCUUCCCAAAGCGCCCACAAGGAAAGUAAAUCAUCAUCAUCAUCAAGCAGUAGUAGACACAAAGAUGACAAAAAUAUGUCAGGUUCAAGUUUUAAGAAAAUGGAAACCAGUGUAACUGAAAGAAGUGAAGACAAGUCAAAAAGCAAGGAUAAAAAAGAGAAGCAUAAAGAAAAACAUCGGAGCAAAGAAGACAAAAAAUCCAAAGAUAAAAAAGAAAAGAUAAAGAAUGAAGAAGAAGAUGGAGUAGAUUCAUUUUCUGGCAUUGGUUUUGGUGAGGCGCUUGGCAUGAUGUUUCCACCUGAAAAAAAUAAAAAGAAGACAACAUCAAGUAUUUCAUUUUCAAUGUCACCUUCAAAAAAGAAAUCUAGGCCCUCUACCAGCUCUGUUGACAGGAAAUCACAGGCAAAUGAGGCCAGGCAUAGCUCUUCAUCUUUGAACAUUGGGCAAUCUCUUGAGAUAGAUGCGGAUUAUGGACUUCCAACCCUCAAUCCAAACUACAAACCUUUACCUCAGCCUGUCUUCUAUAAUUCCCCACCUAAACGAUACCAGACAGAGGAGGACGAUCUAUCAAACAUUAUGUACUCCAAAGUUCAAAGAACCAAAGUUUUCUCAGGAAAUAAAACUGGAUACACUUAUGUGCCUUCUCUCUUUGAGUUAUGUACAAGAGUCCUGCAGGAAAAUAUUGAUGCUUUAGAGUAUACUGGAGGUGUCCCUUUUGACCUACUUAAGCCUGUUUUGGAAAGAGCGACAGCUGAGCAGCUGUCCACCUUGGAAGAUUAUAAUGCUUACUUGAUUGAGGAUACUGAUGUCUUUUGGGAAUUUCAUUGCAAGAAAGAAUUCCGUAAUAAAAAUCGUGAGGAGAUGGAGACAUGGAGGGAAAUGUAUGCGAGAUGCCAGCAAGAACGUGCAAGUAAACUUAAGUCCCUCACAGCACAUAUUGCUGCUGCAUCUAAAGCAAAAGAAGAGCCAGUGCGGAAGACAAAAUUAGCUUACAUUGAGGGUACAGUCAAGCCACCCCGGGGUAUUGCAAGAAAACAGGCAAGAUAUGGCACUGCUCAUGCAUCUUCUUCUUCAACUUCAAAGCAGGAUUCUUCUGCGAUGGGAUCAUCUUUCACAGGGAGAUCCUCUUCACUGGCAUCGACAGGUCCAGCUGUAUCUGUGCCAGCCCCUCGAGGAGCUGGUGGUAGUUCCAGCUCACAGUCUAGUACUUGCAAACCAAAACCUAAAGCUCCACUUAUGCAGAAGGCUCUGCAGCUCAUCAAAUACAAUAGAUUCAAGCGAUGAUUGCCCUAUAAUUUUAGCAUUUGAUUUAUUGUUUCUUACCUGUGGAUUCAAUUUUGGAAGAGUUGCUUUACCAAAAAAAAGAAAAAGAAAAAAGCAAAUCAAUAUGUUUUUCCUUUUAAAUAUUGUUCUUUUUUUUUUUUAAUCUACAAAUCCUAUGAGAUUAUGGAACUAAAAUUACUCAUUGGUAUUGCUGACUAGUGUGUUCACAAGUUUUACUGUCUUCAGAGGAAAUCGAUUUAGCUCUAAGGCUAUUUUUUAACAGCGGCAAUGUUAACUGAGAUGGGACAUACGUAUUGACUAGUCGAACAUUCUAUAUUUACAUGCAUAUGAACUGCAAAACUAUCUCUAUUUUCAAGGCUUGUAAACCCUUGCUGCGGGUUAUGCAUGUGCGGAUUGCAUGCAUGCAAAUGUGAUAGUCCAUUAAAGACUUCAAGUGAAUCUGUUGUUACCACCCUAAAACUUGUGGAAUGGGUGGUGUUGACAGAUUUUGUGAUCUGUCUUUGCUGUACAUAUAUUUAGUCAUGCUCCCCUUCUCCCUUUUUGUCCCUAUUUUAUGUAUCAUUUGUUAGACCAGCAAUGUGCCCUAAGUUUAUGUUCAGCUUGAAAAUUUGAAUGAUUUGUGUGACUCUAGGAAAUGGUGAUGGAAAUCUUAAACUUUUAAGUCACAUUGUUUGCCACGUCUGAUGUUUUUAGCUCAUACUUUUGUUUUAUAUGUAUUUAUGGUUCUGGCUUUAGUAUUGGGGUCAGACUUGUUUACAUGAAUCACAUCCAUUUGCCAGAGCAACUAUUAUUAUCCACAUGUGUCUCGAUUUAGUUCACUUCAUUCUCCCUGGUUUAACUCCGUAUCAAAUGGUAUGAUUUAUCAGGAAAGAAAGGCUGUGACUUAUAGUUAAUUGCAUCCUGAUUUUAUCACCACCACACCAAUCUGUUGAUGUUUUACAGUCCUACUGUUGCUUAUUCAUGAAGAUUAGGAAAAGUUGACCAGCUUUGAAAGUUACCUCUUGUGGCUCUACUACAGUGCUGGUCAUGGAAAGCUACAUCACGCUGUUUGGUCCAGAUUCAAUAAAGAAUUUAUUCCACUCUGCACAA